AUGAUCCGUUUCCUCCUGCUUCAAAACCGCCAGGGUAAAACCCGCCUCUCGAAGUGGUGGAUUCCCUUGCACGAUGAGAAGGAGAAGGUUCGGAUCGAGAACGAGGUGCACAGAUUGGUGGUGACCCGCGAUAGGAAGUACACAAACUUUGUGGAGUACGGGACCUACAAGCUCAUCUACCGGCGAUAUGCGGGCCUGUUCUUCACGUUUGGCAUGGACGUGAACGACAACGAGCUCCUGGCGCUCGAGACGGUCCACCUGUUUGUCGAGCUGCUCGAGUCGUACUUCUCCAACGUAUGCGAGCUCGACAUCGUCUUCAACUUCAACAAGGUGUACAACAUUCUGGACGAGUUCAUACUGAGCGGGGAGGUGGAGGAGAGCAGCAAGCGAGAGAUCCUGGACCGAAUUCGAGAGGUCGAAAAGCUGGACUAGCAGCAGCCGAAGAUCGAUCCCCGGGGCAGCUCUGCGCGGCAGUGUCGUGCCCUUAAAGCGUACAUUGAGCGCACCGUACACUCCAAGGCGUCAAUAUCGUUUUUAAUGGAAACAGUCAGUGCGCAUGUACUUAAGAUGUAGAGAUGUUUUGUUUGGAGGCCCAGAGAAAGCAAGAACAGGGCGAAGCCAUUUUUUCCCGUAGGGCAAGAUCCCCUUUGCCGGACAUUUUUUUUUUUCUUGAAUAACAGUCCGUGUGUGUGGAAGUGAAGGUGUCAAUUUUGAGAGAGCAUCGGCCGCCCAAACCGGUUGGCCAAUGGAAAUACAUCAUUUUUUUCGGGACCAGCACUCAAAGCACGCGCGUGCGUGUAACCGUAGUGGCUGGAUAUGUUGACCCAGUCAGUCUUG